ACGAAUUUAUGAUUUGGCUUCGGCAGAUGUUUAGGGUCGGCAUCGUUUUGUGGUGUAGGGGCGGUGCCUCGUUCAACAAUGUCUCCCCGGCGUCAGUCCCAUCUUGACGACGAUGUCGAGAAGCUAGUGGGAGUAGUGUGGUUUUUGAGAAUUUCUUUUUUGUGUGGAGAUCUCUGGAUUGUCAAGGAGCUUCAUCGAAGGUUAUUCCUUCUUCUUUGUCUUCUGCAUGGAUGUGGUCUUCUAGACCCGUUCGACGACUUACCAUUUGUAACCAAUAAUGUCAGGCUGGCUCAGGGUGGAGCGGCAGCGGUGGGGCGCCGUCGACGCAGUCUGGAGGUUGAAAACGAACGGCAUCUCAAGAAUUUCGUUGUAAUUUUCGUUUUUGUUGGGGUGCUUUAUACCGUUCGAUGGGUGUUUCUUUGAAUGCCAGGAAAAGACAUGGGAAAAGAAAGGAUUAAAUUUCCGGUGUAUAUGAAAAAAAAAAUACCCGGCUGUAGUGGGUUGGCCUGCAAUUUGCGGUACAUGUACAGGCCCGGCGCAGUUCUUCCUUCCUUGAUUCUCCCCGUUAAACAGAUCUAGGGCAUGUGAGAGAGGGAGGGAUACUUUCUCCGGGGUUAAUCGGAGGCGACGGAUGGGCCGCCGCCGGCCGGGCGCCGACGCAGCCGAGACCCCUCGUCGCGCCUCGGCCAUGCUCUCAUCCAAAGGCGCCGCGUGGUGCCGCAUCAUCGUCGUAUGCAACGGAGAGCCGCCACGCUGAUUCGUCCUCGGCGGCUCGUCUUUCUGCAUCAUCGCGUCCUGUGAGGUUUCCGAGGAGGCGGGGAAACAGAAAUCAGUUUCCUCGACCUGCAAACGGAAAUCCCCCUGAAGGCUGAAGGCUUCGGUACGAGUCUCUCUCGUUUUCGUUCUCCGGGUUGCAGCCGGAAGCGGAGAUCGAUCAGUUAUAUUAUAUAUAUGCCCGAGCGGUCACCACCGAACCCAUAAGAUUCAUCAGUGGAGACCAGCUACGACGCCGACCGCCCCACUCCCGCUGGCUACUUUUCUCUGUCCUCUUCUUCGCUAAUCUGCACAAUGGUGAAUGACAGUUGUCCGAAGCAGGAAGACAAUCGAGAUGACAGGCUCAGCAACUUGCCUGAACAUAUUUUGCUUACCAUCAUUGAUCGACUUGAUAUCCGCGAGGCUGCGAGAACCAGUGUCCUUUCUGGACGGUGGCGGCACCUCCCUUCUAUGCUCUCUCAACUUGUGAUAAGCGUUUGGGACUAUCUAGAUGCGUCGAAAUGCGAUAAUGAUGGAAUUGUUCGGGGCAACGAAGCUGUGGUUAAAGCGACAAAGAGCAUCCUGGCACGCAGAGAUUUAAGCCGAAAUACCAUCCAGUUUCUGUGCAUGACGUUCUUCUUGAGAGAAGAUGAUCCAACAUCCAUCGGGCAUGCUGUUGCUCACGUCAUGGCAACCCAGAAGGUUGAGAUAGCCGAGUUCUCAAUUUUGACGGAGAGACAUAAUAUGUAUUGCGACGAUGAUGAUCUGGUCAUCUACGGGCGACGAUUCAUGCUGUUCUUUGAUGCAUGCCCAAAUGCAUUUGGUGGUCUCACACGCCUUAACAUAGAGAAUUUGAGAUUUGGUGAAUCAGACAUCCCUAACGUCCUCAACACUUGCAAACGUUUGAAUCAUCUACGACUGUUCAAUUGUGACUCAGGAAGUUGGACCAUGCUGCAAGUUGAGCACGUGCAACUCAGUGAGCUUGCUAUUGUUAAUUGUUCUUUUGAAAGAGUUGAGCUCAACUCACUUCAGAAACUCACACGUAUCGUCUUUGAGGGUUGGAUCUCUUUCGAAGAUCCACUAUCUUUUGGUUAUGUCCCGUUGUUUGAUACUGUAAGCCUCACAAAUGUCAGUCUUAGUUGGCACAAGAUGAUCAAGUUAAGUAAGUUUCUUAGGCGUACUCCAUCUGUGACACGCUUGAAACUGGGAUUUAAUUCUGAAAAGCAGAUUUGGGUUCAACCAGAAUGUCUGACGGAAAGUCUGGCACAUGUGUUCCACCAAAUAAGUUUUGUGAAUCUAACUGAUAUGCCCGAGCGGUAUGAUCUCACCUGGACAUUGUUCAUACUUAAAGCUGCGCCAAACCUGAAGGAGCUGUACAUGAGUGUAUGGGAUCAUCUGUGUGAAAUGAAAACAGAUGCAGAGGAGAGGAAGUCACUCUCGUACAGCGAGAAUAAGGGUGCACAAUGGGAAUCAUCUGCAACUGCUUUCCAGCAUCAGAGUCUGAUCACGCUCGCCAUCUUUGGGUUCCAAGCUCGAGAUUACAUGAUGAACUACGUCAGGCGUGUCAUGGAAACAGCCGUCAAUCUAAAGGAUGUAUUCUUGUAUGAUCGGUUGACGUGUGAAAAGUGCCGCAGCAUCCCGUCGCGGUUUCCACCUAAGUGGAAGCAGGACUGUCUGGAGAAGUUUAUCACAAACGGGAUCAAAUCGUCUGCCACAAUGCAUUUCCAGACCUUCGGCUAUUUAAGGCCUGAUCAUGCUGAUAAGUUGUGGUUCCUGUAGUGUUUUUAGGUUAGUUUGUGUUGAAGUUCCAGGCUGGUUGAGCCGUUCGAGCGUUUGGCCAGCGUCUGGUUCGAGCGCUUGGCCAGCGUCUGGGUCGAGGAACUGCCAGCUGUGCUAUGAAGCUUGCGAAUCACGUCUAACCGGUCGACCAGUUUCACCCCUUUCUUCUUAAUGUAGGGGCCGAGGCAAUUAUCCCUACCGACGUCAAGUUUGACUUGCCACGGGUCACCAUAUACACCGAGGCCGACACCAAAGAAGCUAGAGAAGACGACGUCGACCUCCUCGAGGAGGCACGCGAGCUGGCGCUAUCCAGAACAUCGUGUAUGGGGCCGAGGCAAUUAUCCCUACCAGCAAGUCCUGCGCCGCUACCACAUCCAGCGAGUCAAGCCACUCUCAAUCCGAGAGGGCGAUCUGGUGAAAGUUGUCCGUCCCAUGGGAGGGCCCGACCCAUUCAUUAUCAGCAAGGCUCUGAGCAAUAACGUCUACUAUCUGAUUGAUGCUCCGAGACAGAGCGAUCGUGGAACGCAGAGCUCCUUCGUCCAUUUUACAACUGAACAAGUGUAUGUAUGUAUGUAUUUGCCCUACUUUCUAUCAAUGAACAGCCGGCACCCCAGAGUAGGAUUCGGGGACUGCCUUUCCCAUCCUA